AAACAAUUUAGUAAACAAGAGUUAUGGUUUCAAGAUGGCUGCAUUUUACAAGUACAUCUGCCGUUUCGAAAAUUGUAGAAAGAAGUUUAGUUCGCUUGUUGACCUUAUUGAUCAUAUUGAAUAUCUUCAUAUUAUAAGAGAUCCUAUUGUUUUAAAUCAGCAAGAACUUUCUCAACCACCUGCAAUCGCUUUAAGUUAUGUUAACUGCUUUUUUUCCGAAAACUUAAGGAAAGCUCGACCUACUUUACCUUCCGAUAUUGAGUUAAAACGAUCAUGUGAAAUAGAGAAACCAUCUUUAAACAAUUCCGAAGCAUACAGUGACAGUUUAGACAGCUUUUUGGAUGAAAGUGAUGUUUUCUCAGACGUUGGAAGUGACGAUUCUUGUCAAUCAUGGGUUGCUAAUAAUAUCAAUGCUAUCAAAGUACAAACAGACUCUAAUUUAAUAAACGUAUCAACUUCUUUACCCAAUACAAUAACUAGUGAGAGUUUACAAGGCAAAUUUACAUGUCUAGAGGACAGUGAAGGUAAAAAACGGUUUUUAUGUACUGUUCCUGGUUGUUCUAAGCGCUACAAAAAUAUUAAUGGAAUAAAAUACCAUGUAAAAAAUGGGCACAAUAAAAAAGAAGGUUUAUCAAGUGAAAUUAAAAAAAGUUAUAUUUGUCAUUGUGGUAAAGCUUACAAAAGUCAAAGUGGAAUGCGACACCAUCAAAACACUCAACAUAUAUUAACAGGACCUACUACUCAAAAUCAUUUAUCUCCAUAUACACCUGUACAAUUUGAUGCAAGAGUUGAUAACAAUUUUAAACAACCACAAGCAAAAAUUAUGAAAUUAAAUCCAGUUGAAGAACUUUAUCAACCCCAUACACCUCCUUCUCCCGAAAAUCUUGUGAGCUAGUUUGAGGUAGCUUUAUAUAUGUGUCAUAUAUUUAUAUAUAUUGUAUAUAUUAUGUGUAUAUAAAGCUACUCUUCUAUGUGGUUUGUUAAUAGUAAAUUAUAACAUAAAUAAUAAUUUUGUUCAAUAAAUGGAUUUUGGGCAUUUCAUAUUUAAAAAAAAUAUUUUAUUUUAAUAUAUUUGCUUUUUAUUUAUAUAAAUCAUUUUUUUUUAAUGUAUAGUUCGGAAAAAUGGAGCAUUAUAUUGAUAAUUUAAUUUUAUAUUAUAAAUAGGCUUGCAAAAUACAGCUCUGAUCUUUAUAUUAAUUUUUUUUUUGAUUUAUUCAUCAAACUGCUUUGCAUUCAUUUUGCAAUCACUGAGAAAUCAGUGAGCCAAUGCACCUUUCUGUGGAGGUUUUUCUGGAUAAUUUUUUAUACUCAAAAAGUUAUUGAGCUAUAAUAGAAUCUUUAAAACAUUUGUUCUAAAAUUUUAUUUUUGCUGCAUUUAUGCUGAAGGUAUAUUUUUGUAGGUGCCAAUAACCUAGCUAACUAUAUUUAACUAUAAUAAUAAUAUGUAUA